AUGGGCAGCGAUCUAACACACACGAGAAAAAGAAUGAGGCGUUACUACCACGGACCAGUCAUUAAGAAAACGAGAGCAAAGGUUCAGUUUGCAGACCUUCCCGAUGAUCUGCUGUCUACGAUUCUAUCAAAAUUGCCACUGAAGGAAGCUGCAAGAACCGUCAUUCUGUCAAGUAAAUGGAACGACGUGUGGAGAGUUUGCCCCAAACUGAGAUUUGAUGGCUUCACAGUGUGCAGUGACAGCGUGUUUGGGGGAGAACAGUACACUCAGAAAUUCAUUGACAAUGUUAAUGCAGUCAUGCAGAAGCAUCAGUGCAUGGUCGUUGAAGAGCUCGUGAUCAAAUUUGGGUUUGACAGCAGGGUACUGGGUCAUAUCAACACGUGGGUUGCUUUUGCCGUUUCAUCACGGAUGGAGAGCCUUGCCCUUGAUUUAGUGCCAGCCAACUCCCCGGGCCGUACUGAUCAGUACAGAUUUCCGGUUGAGCUGUUGGACGAUGGAAGCAUAUUUCGGCUUCGUCAUCUUCAACUUAGCUUCGCAAGUCUUGAACUACCCCCUCAAUUCAGUGGUUUCCCUAAUCUGAGAACACUUGAUUUGCACUUGCUACAAGUCACUCGAAAUGAUCUUCAAGAUAUGCUGUCAAAUUGCAUCAAUCUUGAGUGGUUCAGUAUGGUUAGAUGCCAUUUGAAUGAUGAACUGACGGUAGCACGUCCGUUGUCAAACCUGAGAUACCUACGUGUUGCACACUGCAAGAUAACCAGGAUAGUACUCCAUGCAGUGGAACUCAAAACUUUCUUGUUCUAUGGGCGUCUGUAUCCUAUUGACCUUGGGCAUACUCCCAAACUGAAGCAUACAUUUCUUAAUAUCUAUUCCCUGUUAACUGUUGAGCAUGCUUUGACUGUGCUUCCCAAAGUGCUUCCAAGUGUUCAAGAUCUGACAUUGCAUGCUCAUUUUACACUUAAGGUCUGUUGUUUCACACUUAUAUUUUAUCACAUUUCUCCCCCUCUUAUUUUUGACCAUUCACUACCUAUUUUUCAGAUGCCUUUGUUGAUGGAAAAUCCAUGCAAAUUUUCCCAGUUGAAAUAUUUACAUUUGAAGCUGUCAAUUGGUCAUAGGGAAGCUGGCAAGAUUCUAUCUUUGGCCUCUUUUCUGAGGGCUGCUCCUUCUGUUGAAAAGUUAGAAAUGCAUUUUAGUGUUUUGGCAUUCGCACAUUGUGUCUCGGAGCCUAUCAAGAGCCUUCCAUGGUGUCCACAUAGUUAUCUGAAGAACCUGUGUAUUACAGGAUUUUCUGGAACAACAGGACAACUUGAAUUUCUGGUGCAUGUUGUUGAAAAUGCCCCUGCUCUGAAGAUAUUGACGAUUAAAGGAGCUGACUCGAGUGGCCGUGAUCUCGAUAAUGAAGGGAAAAGAAGAUUUACUUUGAAGUUUCGCGAAUUGGAGAGGAAAUACCUUCAUGGGAUAAUUUCACCAAAUGUGGAGCUCCGUAUUAUUUAA